UGAACUCUCUCAGGCCUUUAGACACUUGCCGUAGCUUUAAGAGGACACAGGCAUAAUUCCUUAGUCAGCAGUAUGAACUGAACUUCCUAUUUCUGAUGUGCCUUUGAGUUAUUGUUUUUUUAUCUGCGGUGCAGUUGGGCUGCUCUAUGUUUUUUAUGAUACUCAGAGCGUCUUAUAUAGCAUUCACAGCAUCUUGAUGGGUCAGUUUGAGAGAGCGGCUUUAACUAAAAAAGUGUAUUACGGACAUAAAGAAACGAGGAAGAGUCUGACGACUUCACACACUCAGCAAACAGACUAAAGUGAAGAUGGAAACUUUAGAAACCGCAAAGCGCACUUGAGCCUUUGACACUGAGGUGCUGUGUUAAUCUGAUUCAGAGAAUUGAACCAAUGAUCUGCCUGCAGACUUUCUUCAAACAACACACUCAACACCUGGCCUUUCUAAAGCACACAUGGGAAAAAAACAAUUAUUGAAAUCUGCUGAGAGCUGAAUGUGAGAAGACAACAACUUGAGAGUCUGUGCAAUGAACGAAUGAUGAGAAACAUUUGAUGUCUUUCAUAGUUACAUUGAAACCAGCAUGUGUUCACGUGCCCUCAAACCAUUAGUUUAACGGUACGGAAGUGGCACUUUAAUCUCUCUAAAGAUGACAGAAAACCUGUACGAGACGAAUCAGUUCACCAACCACGCCAAUGGGACCUAUUUGUUCCAGCACAGCCCAAGCUCAUUGGGUGCACCUCACUUUGGUGUACCAAACGUGAGCUCGAUCCAGUCAUCUCCAGUGUCUCCUCGACUCAACCACGAGCAGCUAACAUCUCCUGGCACUCCAGGACAUGAACUUUCUCCGAUGCUCGAGAUGCCAAACAGCGGCGGGACUUGGGAAUAUAAUCAGUUUGGAAGGACAUCAUCAUGGGGAUCUUCUUCUCUUGAAGAUCUACCCGAAACCUCUCGAAUCUACCCGUUUAACAUCACGUCUCAAAACAACUCAUCACUGACUUGCAAAGACAAUGGCAGUGCUUCUCAUCCCCAAAGGUUGGACUCAUUCUCAAAGGCCUUCUCUACGAAAAACAUGCAACUUCUUUUUGAUGAUAGUAACAGGACAGAUGAUAAGCAUUUAGAAAAUCACAUUUCUGGGCUUUUGCACAUGCCUCAAAGUCUCCCAGAUGGAUCAGACAGGCAACCUUUGGAGUCGCCAGUUUUUAACCAAAUGGUCAUUCAAGGUCAAUGCGAUCAGACCGGCUUCCAUCCAUCAGAAAGCCAAAACUCAUUGCACAGCCUUUACCAAAACCAGCAACAGUUUCACUAUGGAUACCAGCAACACAAACAGAAAUUAAACAGCAUGGAGCAGGUAAACAGGAGCCUCCAAAAACCACAGAGCUCUUGGCAUGGCUAUCAAAGCCACCCAAUGCCAUAUCCGAUGGCCUUGAAUCAACAACAAAGAGGGAUGUUUGCACAUAAAACUCACCUGGAGUCUCAAGAAUCUGCUCAAUCGCCAACAUACGACCCCCGUCAAGAUUUCAAAAUCCCGGAGCAGCAGAUCUUCCAUUACCAAGACCAACAGCAUCUUCGUUCGCUUUCCCAACCCGGCAAUCCUUACCUCAUGCAAGAUAACGUGCAAUCAAUCCCUUCAAAACAAAACAACAUGUUUAGCGAUGCUCGUCACUCUUCACCCAACACACCCGUGUUCUCGAGUCCCAAAGAAGACCAAUCUGCUUUUAUCUUCCCUCACCGAAUUGGAGACCUCUGCAGCCCGCUUUGCCAAAACAGGAGCUCAGGGGUCUGUAAAACUCUUCCACAGAUGACUCUGAAGGGGGAAAAUUUUCACACCGCAUAUGCACCUCAGUGGUCACAGGCUCCUUCACCAGAUAUUCAAGAUGAGGCCAUUUCACCUCAUUUCAGAGCAGAACCUGGGUUUUUGAGGGAGGAUGGAUCUCAUGCAAAGAUGAGAUGCACCGUUUGUAACAGGGAGUUCAAAAGUCUCCCGGCUCUGAACGGUCACAUGCGCUCACAUGGAGGACUGCGGACACACCACACAUCCCUCAAAAUGAGAGACGGACACAUUCAUCCGUCUGAAGCUGCUCAAAGCAACCCCAUCAUCUUACCUGUGUCAGUACCUGUCAAGGACUACCAGACCCCAACCAAACUCAUGCUCAGCCUUCUGUGCCACCAGAAAGAUGAUGAACAAAAUGGUUUAAUUAAGACUGGUGCACGGUCACCCCUCCCGUCUGUACGAAACCACCCUUCCUGUAUAAAGAGAUCUGUCUCGGAUGGAGAAUGUGCACCAAAAGUGGUGAAAAAGCGGUACCGUCGCUGUCUGGUCCCACUGAUGAUUCCUCCGGCCAGCACCAGUCAGGAGUCCAGAGGUGCCACACUCUUCCACAGUCAGCUCAGGACGGCGAGCAGCAUUGGGAACGACACGCACUACACCCCUCCACCUAUGCUCAACCCUGUACGUCUGGGAUCAGGCCUCUUCAGCUCUAUCAAUGGAAAAGGUGAUAUGGCUGAAUGUGGUGAGACUUCAAGAGAGAGAGCGAUUAAUGUAACAGCUCGGAUUAACAUUGGCGAGGAAUUUCAAGCAAAGAUCCCAGACAUUAAGAGUCAAACCCUCACAGAGGAAGAUACCCAUAAUGCUGUUCUUCUGUGGUUGCCCAACAAAGACCUGGAUACUGAUGAUAACCAGCAGAAAGUGGACAAUCUUCUGAAAAUGGCAUGCUCUAGUGUGCUGCCAGGCGGCGGAGCAAACACAGAAUAUGUCCUCCACUGUCUUUUUGAGUGCAGAGGAGAUAUUAUGAAAACCCUUGAAAAGCUUCUCCUCCCUACAACGCUGAGAAACACAUCAAGCCCCAAAACAGACUAUCAUUACGCAGGAUCAGACAGAUGGACGCUUCAGGAAAAACGGCAACUGAACAAAGCACUUUUAAUUCAUAACAAGGACUUCUAUUUUGUCCAGAAAAUGGUCAAGACAAAGUCAGUUUCUCAGUGUGUUGAGUACUAUUACACAUGGAAAAAGCGUUUGCGUUUGGGUACGAGAGUCAGCACCGCUCUGUCUGCACCCGUUCAAGACCCGCGGGGAGACUGGGCGAUAAACAACACCACAGAACCGAACAAAGAAGCUGACAGCAGAACCAGGGAGACUGAAAUAUCAGAAAACCCAAGCGCCGUGUUCGCCUGUGAAGUGUCAAACUCACAGAUGAAUGAAGAAACAUGGACCCAGAAUAAUCUCCGGCUGCUCUGUAGCUCUCCAGCCGAAAACAGAGCGUCCACGCUGACCCUUCCUUUGGGUUCGUCUUCUGUGAGAAGUUCUCCCUCCAACAGCACCACCAGUGGAGACACUGAUUCAGCCGUCAUCUUUCCCUGCACAGAGUGUGGAAAGGUGUUUUUGAAGGUGAAAAGUCGAAAUGCCCACAUGAAGACACACCGCCAGCAUGAAGACACACAACUGUGGCAGUUCUCCAGGGUUCCUGAGCAAGAUCAUGUCACUGUGACACCUGAAUGCCCUGUUACACCACUAAAACAACCCAUAAACCUUCAUUCUUUAACAUGUGACAGGUCCACGGAGGUCAAAGCAUCCUUAAAUUACAUGUGCAGUGAGUCAAUGCAGGAAAUCAAUUGUCCUCUGAAGACAAUUCCUUUCCUACAGAGUCCACUGGACUAUAUUCCAAGUUAGAAGAUGGAUAAAUUGAUCCCUAACUGUAAAUUGUGCAGCAAUAUGUAUAUUAAAAUACAUCUUUGCUUAAUUUUGGUGUAAAAAGUGUGUAAUGUGCUUUGCUUUACCUGCAUCUGAUAUCCUGUGUUUUAUAUGAUUUUGUAUCACUUUUCAUUUGUAAUAAACCACCUGGUUUUCUCA